AAGAAAUACCUUAUCGACCCUCAAUUGCAUCAGGGUAGUUUCCGUGACGUCACAUAAGGAAUUUCGGACUUUGAUCCCAGACGUGUGUUUUGAGCUUAUCAGACAGCUUAUAAAUCCACAAAGCGGUGUUGGUUUGUCAAAUUAAAACAGAUAUUGUGAGUUUGUAUGUACAGACACCACAUGCAGGAAAAACAAAGGAUAAUGGAAGAACAACAGUUCAUAAAUCAACUGGGAAAGAUCCCUGUGGUCAGUUCAGCCUGGACGCAGGCCUACAAUCUCUACCAGAGAACUAAAGGAUCCAAUGAAUUACUGAAGUCCUCUCUUAACAUGGCAGAGGCCGGUGUUAAAACUGUGGUUGAUACGUCAGUAGUGUUUGGUAAACCAUUGGUAGAACGAUACCAACCACAAAUUGUAGAAAAAGCUAACAGUUAUGCUUGUGAGAAAUUAACCCAAUUGGAAGAGAAAUACCCUGUUAUCAACAAACCUACGGAAGAGUUAAUGGAAGAUGGUAAACAGAUGUAUGAUAAGUAUGUGAAGCCAACAGUCGAUCGUGUGGUAGCUGUCAAGGAUUUCACAGCUAAUUCUUAUAACACUGGAAAAGAACAGAUAGGAAAGGUAAAACAGAUUGGAUCAGCCGUGACAGAGUUUGGUUGUAACCAAGUGGCCAAGACCAUGGAGACUCCAUAUGGUCAGUUUGUGUCCAGCCAAGUCAAUAAUGCCUUAGAUUUUUCAGAACAAUAUGUGGAGAAAUACUUGCCAGAGUCUGACUCUGAAGAUGAAGAAAAUGUGGAAAAGGAAGAAAUGGAUGAAUACCCACCAAAUGCUGUAACAAGAGCUACUAGUCUGACAGGGAAGGUCCGUAAGAGGAUGUAUAACAAAGCCAUGAGAGAUAUGAAGAGGUUACAACUGAGAAGUCAAGAAAAUCUGGCUAAACUUAGCUUUACUGUAGACUUGAUUCAGUAUGCUAAGACUAAUAUUGAAACAGCAACAGGAAAGGUGACAGGAUCUUUUGGAGCCGUUCAAGAUAAAAUGACCUCAGUAUGGUCACAGAUUGUUACAGAAGAAGAUGAAGUCCAAGAAGUUCCGAAGACUCUAGAGGGACAGUCGAUUGCUGUAGCUAGGAAUCUUACAAAGAAAGUCAAGAUAGGAAUAACAACAUUAACAUCUUACAUCCCAGAGUCUGUACAGAUUACACUUAAAGACAGAAUUGACCAAGCCAAACAGUAUUCAGAUGACCUAAUCAAAUCUUUCCAAAAUGUUGACUCUUAUGAAGAAGUUCCUAGUUGGUUGUUAGCCCAGGCACAAGAAAAAAUGGGAUAUGUACAAGAAACAGUUAGCUUCCUUACUGAGUACCUUCUGUCUAAGCCUCUGGACUGGUUGUCACCAGAGUUUGAUUUAGAUGGUAUAAAUUUAGCUGACCCUGUGAUGGACCUAUCCUCCAAUGGCCAUGCCCACCAUGUGCCUUUUGAUGGGGACAACACAGACAAUCAGUAAUCUACUAGGCGACAUUCUAAUAUGUCUUUCAUACUUAUAUCAUAGGCUUUACCAUAUCUGUUUGUUUAGGAAUCAGUAGUUUACAAACAUGUGCUUACCAAUGAAAUCUAAAGAAUAAACAUAACUCAUGUGGUUAUAAAACAAAUGUAUGAUAUUGAACCAUUGAACAAAAGUGCUUUGUUUCCAUACUGUAAUUUAUUUUAAAUAUAUAUGAAAGAUUGUAAUUUAAAGUUAUUUUAUUAUAUGUACAAAAGGAGAUCUGGCACUUAUAUCAAUGGGAAAACAACCCAAUGAUACAAUGACAAAUCCCCCCUUUUAGACAUUUAAAAAAAAAUCUAUGGUGGAUAGAUGUCUCAUUGACAAUCAUACCACAUCUACUCUUAAUAGACAACUAUCAAUAUGCUAUUGGAAUCAUUAUCAUUGGUCUCUUGCAAUAAUUUGUUCAGGUAAUUAUGAAAGUUUCAGAAAAAAUUUCCCAACUAAGGUCCCAAUUAUAAAUGAAAGUGAAAAGGUUAAUGGUAAUGUAUUGAUAUGGUAAACACCCUGUAAUUCUUUUACUUACUAGUUUUAGUUCCCUUAUAGAAGUUGAGGGAAAUUAUUGAAGUAUGUCGGAAUGCACCUCUAGAGCCAGUUGUCAUUAGAUAUAUCAACUUUUAGAUAAUUAAUGACUUACAAUCAUAUAAUUUGGUGUAAGAAUGCAUUAAGGGGGUAUUACAGCUUCUUUCGAAAAGUAGGCCAUUCAGACAGAACUCUUAUUCUUCUUGACUCAGUAUUUAAACGUCAAAGUUUAAUUUCAUGAGUUAGGCUUAACAGACCUUUCCACACUGAAUGGAAAUUGAAAAAAUUUAGCCAUAUUGAGGACAUUGCAAACUUUGAAAUUGUAGAUAGCAGAGUAUAUUUUUUAAUUCUUUUUCAUAAGAUUAUUUUGUUUGUUUUUGAAUAGCAUUAUGUGUUGUAAAUAAAAGCAUAACUUAUCUGUUUUGAGCCAUCCUCCUACAUGUAAUAUCUGUAUGAAUUUUCUAGUUCUUGGAUUCAUUUUAGAUAAAUAAUCAACAAUCUCUUAAAAUCAAGAAGCUGUCAUACCAUUUCACAUGAAAGAAUAUGUGCAGGUUUUUCUGCUAGCAAAACAUUUUUUUAAGCCAGCAAAUUAAUAAAUAGAUGUUAUUGUGCAAGCAGCUGUGUCAUUAACUUGACAUUUUUUUAAAUCAAUUGCUUUCAAGAAAUGGGAAGAAUAAAAUGUAUAUACUCAUUCUUUUUUUCCUGCUAUUUCACAAUGUAGUGUUAAAUUUGGUUGAAUUGCAGUUGCAUCUGGUUUAAUUAUCUCCCCCUGAAUUUAACACUUUUGUGUAAAGUUAUCUCCUCUUGCCAAAUUCAGUAGGUCAAUAUUGUAUGUUUCUUUAAUAUAUAUUAUUAUGAAAAAAAAAUAAUGAAUUCCCAUUUUUGCAUUCAGAUUGCAAAUCAUAAAACAUCUGAUGCAAACUUAUUUACAUUGAAAUCUUCGGUCAGAAGCUCAGAUGUGUUUAUGACUAUGACCAACUUUGCACACAUGUGAGAUAAGAAUGUUUUGAAAUCAGAUCUGUUUCUUAGUUUUUCUGCAAGAAGUCAGAAUUUAGAUCUUGUAAUAUUGCAAACAAGCCAUGAGUUAUUAUGAUAUAUCUAAAAAUAUUUUUAAAUAGUAGCCAAUACUGCCAAAAGGUUACCAUUCAUAUACAUUAAAUCUGAAUUUACAGCAUAUAGAUUGUAUUUUUUCUCCUGUCAAAUAAAGUAAUGCAUAGUGUACAAAUUUUAUGAAAUCCUUACAGCUUAGUGAAAUCCUGAUUAUUGCACAAAAAUACAUUGCCAUCCUAUCCUUUGCACACAUAUUUCAUUAAACUGCCUGAUAAUUUUGUAAUGAAAUUUGCUGUUCAGUGAUUAUUUUCAGAAAUAUGUGGUUUGGUCGUAUCAUUUGCUUUGGUUGUACAUGUACCAUGCUGUACACACCUCUAUGCAGGUGAUAUAUGUAGUACAUUGUUUUUUCAUAUAUGUGUGUGUCAUUAUAGUUGUUGUUUUGUUAUAUUAGUGUUUUCAGAUCAGUUUUAGUGCAAAGAUUACUUAGAAAUCCAAUAUUUUAAAGUGAAUAUAACUUUUUUUUUAUGUCGCAGUCUCAGAAAAAAAAUUUAUGUUUUAAUGUAAGAAAAAUAAAUGUACCAGUAUGUGUAAUAAUGUAAAUGCUGUAGUUUCAUUAAGAACAGUUUACAAAAAGGCCAACAUUUUAUCUAUAGAUUGUUUUUUUUUUAAUUCUGAUCAGUUAAACAAUUAGAAAAGAGUGCAAAGUAAUGAUCGAUCAAGAUUUUUAAUUUUUUAUCAGAAAUUUUUUAUUUUAAAAUAAAAUAAAAAUUUAAAUCAUUGUUCUUAAUAAAACCCUGUAAUAGAAUAGAAUGUUGGCCAAUUACUAGUUUUCUUUUGAGAUUAACUUGUUACUCAUUUAGAAAUCUCAUGAAAUCCUAAGUAAUUUAUAUUUUUUAUUUAUUGCCUUUAUUUUCAAUAUAUUUUAUCAUUAUUCUUGAAUUGCAAUUUUACUGUGUUCAUUCUUUGACAAUCAAAUCUAUAAAUAUAAAUUAAACUCAUUUUAUAAGCUACA